UUCAGAGAGCUUCGGGAGGUUCGGCGAAGAGAUCCAUCAUCACAAUGUCGAUUGAAGACCGAUCAUUGGACGCUUUGAAAGAGGGAGGCACUGCUACAGUCAUAGACAGAAGUGAUUAUGGUUGGAACACGCGCAAACACAAGCUUUAUUCGAUGAAUGACACCGGCUCAGCUCCAGAUCACUACUUGCACGUCGAUAGCGACGGUUUCUUGAAAGCAAAUGGAGGAGUCAAUAGUGAUAAUAUUUUCACUGUCUACACUCAAACUGUGGGGUCUAAAGUUGUUGUUAUGUUGGAGCACGAUAGUACAAAGAAAGUUGUGGCUAUAAGUACAAACUCCGACGAGGUAUGUGCAAAGACUCUUCCUGUAGGGACCACUUUAAGUCAGUUCAAUAACUUGAGCAAGGCCAAAGCUUCCGAGCCGAACAUUUUGUUCCACAAGAAACCGCGGACACCUGGGAGUGAGCAUUUUCACUUGCAGUCAUACUUGGAUGCUCAGAAGAGAGUUGGAUUUGACCCUAAUGGCAUUCCAAUGCCUCCUUCUAAAGUAAAUCUUCAGCACCCUGCAAGUCUUUUCAAGAUGUACACUAGUUAAGCGCUUUCAACUUUUCUCAACUUUUAACACAUGUUUGUUAAUUUUUUUUUUAAUUAAAAAAUUUCCUUGGAAACAAGUAAUUUUACCUAAUUACAAACUUUCUAUACAUGAAUCCGCAAUGAAACCCAUCUUAGAUAAUUGGCGAAUAAACUGUUAUAAAGAACCUUGACGUGAAAAACAAGGCUGACUCUAACAAAUUUAUGCUGUAUGAUUUUCCAAAUAGCAAGUGGAAUAAUAAAAAAAAGUU